GUAUGUUUGCGAUCUGCCUGCGGCUCCUCUGCUGCUUCGCUGCCUGCUUCCUUGUAACUGCAGCAGGGGAUUGCAAGCGCGGAGAGCCGGAGGGCUGCGGGGUGCGGUCGGUGCGCUGGUAUUCGGAGACAUUAACAAUGAAUCUUCUGACUGCUGCCAAUGUCAAGUUUGCUGUUGAUCUCUUCAAAGAGUUGGAUAAAGAUGACAAAGUGGGCAAUAUCUUUGUAUCCCCCUUUAGUAUAUCAGCUGCUCUGGCCAUGGUGUAUCUUGGUGCUAAAGGAAAUACAGCAACUCAGAUUGCCAAGGUGCUUGGUUUUGAUGGAGUCAAAGACAUCCAUGCUGAAUAUCAGAAACUUCAAACGGAAUUAAUCAACCCUAAGGCAGAGCACGUGUUGAAGCUCGCCAAUCGCCUCUAUGGGGAGCAGACCUACAACUUCCUUGCAGAUUUUCUUGCUGCCUCACUGAAAUACUAUCAGGCACAGCUGGCUUCAGUUGACUUUGCUAAUGCAGCAGAAAAAGUCAGACCAGAAAUCAACAACUGGACAGAAGAGCAAACUGCAGGCAAGAUCAAGAAUUUACUAGCUGAAGGAACUGUUGAUGGAAUGACAAAACUUGUUCUUGUAAAUGCCAUAUAUUUUAAGGGAAACUGGAACAAGAAAUUUGAGAGUGAAAAUACAGAAGCGGGACAAUUCAGAAUAAACCAGCAUGACACAAAACCUGUUCAAAUGAUGCAGCAGAAAAGCAAAUUUCCAUUCAAUUAUAUCCAGGAACUUUCAACCCAGAUCCUCGAGCUCUCCUAUGUGGGCAGUGAGCUCAGUAUGGUCAUCCUGUUACCGGAUAUAAAUGAAGAUUUCAGUCAGCUCGAUAAACUUCAGAACCAUAUCACUUUUGAUCAUCUGAUGGAUUGGACCAACCCAGACACGAUGAAGCAGCAGGAGGUUGAAGUUGUGUUGCCAAAAUUCAAGCUGGAAGAGAAAUAUGAUCUUGAAUUGAUCCUCUCCCGAAUGGGGAUGGUGGAUGCUUUUAACAUCAUGCAAGCCAACUUCUCAGGAAUGACUAGUAGAAACGAUCUAGUUUUGUCAAAAGUUGUCCAUAAAUCCUUUGUGGAAGUCAAUGAGGAAGGCACAGAAGCAGCUGCUGCAACAGCUGGAAUUAUGAUGAUGCGAUGUGCAAUGAUAAGUAACAGGUUUGUGGCUGAUCAUCCAUUCCUGUUCUUCAUCCGGCACAACAAAACGCGCAACAUAUUAUUCUUUGGAAGGUUCUCCUCUCCUUAAAACACAGUGCUAUUUGGCUGCAGCAUUUCAACCCAUAUCUCUCUUUUCCUCUUGACCCACUCUACAUUGCCAAUCAGAUUGGUUGCCUGAUGUCAACAUAAGUAGUCUUCAAGGAGGAACAAAUAGUAUUUUAGCAAACUGAGGAAUUCUGCUAUGAUAAAUUUUUAUGAUGGCCAGAGAUUAAGUGGAAAAACUUCAGCUUGAAAUUUGCUUCUAAUUGUUAUGGGAUGCUGAAUGAAUUUGGAUCAUUAUCAAAUGCUUCAAAAAUAUGCCUUGUCAUUACUCACAUUCUUGUUAAAUGAGGUGCACUAUCUGGCUUAAUACUCCACCUACCCCACUGCCUAAUUCAACAUGCAACAUUAAUAAAAAUCAUCUGCAGGGCAGUGAAAUGUUGCAUUGCUCAAUUACUGAAAAACACACAUCAAAUUUUGAACAGCUUGUAUAACUUCCUAACUUUGUCCAGAAUUAUUUCCCUUGGCCCCUUGGCACCAUAGCUCCUUGGUCUGUUUACAGUUCAAUUUAUGUUGGUGUUCUGAGUUAAUGUUGCAUAUCUGGGUUAAUGUUCCAGGUUCACCAUGCUACAUAAGAAAUAAUUUGACAUGCAGUGGAAUGUAUUUAUUGAGAAUUUAUUGCAAGGAAUAUGGAACGGCUUAAAAUGAAUACUCAAAAUAUUUGUUUUAAUAUUCAAGACUGAGAUAAAGCAUAAUAAUGUGUUUAAUGUUUUAUCUACUAAAUUAAAAAUGCUGACAUUGAGCUCCAUGAAUAAUUGUGAACAUGAAUGGGAACGUUAUACUUUUUUUGAUUCAAUUUUUUCUUUACAUUGUUUGGAAUUAACAUUUAAUGCGCACCUCCAUAUGAUCUUGGACAGAAAUAAUAAUAGAACAUUAGUUACAGUAACAUGAAAAUCCAUGAUCCAUGGCUGUGUAUCUGGCACACAAGGUUCACCUCUGACACCUUACUAAUCAAGAAUCUAUCUAUCUCUGCCUUAAACAUAUCCACUUAUGGCCUCCACAUCUUUCUGUGGCAAAGAAUUCCACAGAUUCACCACCCUCUGAUUGGAAACCGUUUGAUCUCUUCCCUGUUUGGGGACCCGACAUUUUCCCUGUUGGGUCUCCGGUGUCUUUGGGUCUAACAUCAGUCACGGAGCCUGCGGACUCGCCAUCGCAGAGCUGGCAAACUUCGGAGCGGGGAGAGCUGUGGUGGCGAGCUUUGGAGGCUCCGGCCGCAGGUCCGGUGGACAGAAACAUUGCAGGUCCUGGUGGGAGACCGCUUUUCGGAGCUCCCGCCGGAAUCGCGGGGUUUAAAUGACUCGGAGCGGGGCCUAACAUCGCCCCGUGCGGCUUAAAUGGCCGCGGGACUUACAAUCGCCCGCCGUGGGCUUUAACAUCAUGAACCCCAGUCACCUCGAUGCUGCAGUUGGACUGCGGGAAGAGAUAAGACUUUUGCCUUCCAUCACAGUGAGGAAGUGUUGGAGAUUCACUGUGAUGGAUGUUUGUGUAAAUUGUGUUAAGUGUGUGUCUUGUUUUUUUUUGUAAUGUCAAGAAUGCAGGAAUGAAAUUUCGUUCAAACCUUGUCUGUUUGAAUGACAAUAAAAGGUAUUCUAUUCUAAACUUGGCCACAAAGCCGUCAAUCCCCUCGUCCAUAUCAUAAAUAUACAACGUGCAAAGCAGCAGCACUAGCACCGAGCCCUGAUGAACCCAGAAAUAGCCCCCCCAUCGCACUCUGCGCCGGAAACGGAGCCCAGUCCAGCACGGCUGCCCAAUAAAACAGGUUUGCAUCCACAUCAGAUGGUGAUCACGUGUACGUUUGUAAUUUGGAAGGCAGUGUUAUUUGUUUCCACCAAGAUAGACCAUGGCCAUUGCAGUGAAAAUGGAGAAAACAUACAUUAUCCGCUUGAUUUCUUUCAGUCAGUUCUCUGAAUAUGUCAAGGAUGAAAUGGUGAUUUGCUUUGUUCAAUUCCUCCAGUGUUUCAAACUAC